AUGGCCUGCAGCCUGAAAGACGAGCUGCUCUGCUCCAUCUGCCUGAGCAUCUACCAGGACCCGGUGAGCUUCGGCUGCGAGCACUACUUCUGCCGGAAAUGCAUCACGGAGCACUGGGUCCGGCAGGAGCACCAGGGCGCCCGCGACUGCCCCGAGUGCCGCCGCACCUUCGCCGAGCCCACGCUGGCGCCGAGCCUCAAGCUCGCCAACAUCGUGGAGCGCUACGCGGCCUUCCCGCUGGACGCCAUCCUGAGCGCGCGGCGCAGCUCCGCGCCCUGCAAGGACCACGAGAAGGUCAAGCUCUUCUGCCUGACAGACCGCGCCGUGGUCUGCUUCUUCUGCGACGAGCCCGCCGUGCACGAGCAGCACCAGGUCACCAACGUGGACGACGCCUUCGAGGAGCUGCAGAGAGAACUGAAGGAGCAGCUCCAGGCACUGCAGGACAGCGAGCGCGGCCACACGGAGGCCCUGCACCUGCUCAAACGCCAGCUAGCCGAGACCAAGUCCUCUGCCAAGAGCCUGCGAGCCACCAUUGGGGAGGCCUUUGAGCGGCUGCACCGACUCCUGCGCGAGCGCCAAAAGGCCAUGCUGGAGGAGCUGGAGGCUGACACCGCCAGGACUCUGACCGACAUCGAGCAGAAGAUCCAGCGCUAUAGCCAGCAGCUGCGCAAAGUGCAGGAGGGCAGCCAGAUCCUGCAGGAGCGGCUGGCUGAGGUGGACAGGCACGCCUUCCUGGCAGGCAUCGCCUCGCUCUCGGAGAGGCUCAAGGGAAAGAUCCAUGAAACAAACCUCACCUAUGAAGACUUUCCUACCUCCAAAUACAUGGGCCCCCUGCAGUACACGAUCUGGAAAUCGCUCUUCCAGGACAUCCAUCCGGUGCCAGCAGCCCUCACGCUGGACCCUGUCACAGCUCACCAGCGCCUCAUCCUCUCGGAUGACUGCACCAUCGUGGCCUACGGCAACUUGCACCCGCAGCCGCUGCAGGAGUCACCCAAGCGCUUUGACGUGGAGGUGUCGGUGCUGGGCUCAGAGGCCUUCGGCAGCGGCGUGCACUACUGGGAGGUCAUCGUCUCGGAGAAGACCCAGUGGAUGAUCGGGCUGGCGCAUGAGGCUGUCACCCGCAAGGGGAGCAUUCAGAUCCAGCCCAGCCGCGGCUUUUACUGCAUCGUCAUGCACGACGGCAACCAGUACAGCGCCUGCACCGAGCCCUGGACCCGGCUCAAUGUUAAGAGCAAGCUGGAGAAAGUAGGUGUCUUCUUGGACUAUGACAAAGGGCUCCUGAUCUUCUACAACGCUGAUGACAUGUCGUGGCUGUACACCUUCCGGGAGAAGUUCCCCGGCAAGCUCUGCUCGUACUUUAGUCCUGGCCAGAGCCACGCCAAUGGCAAGAACGUACAGCCACUCCGCAUCAACACCGUCCGGAUCUAG